GCGACUAGGGUUGCGAGGAUUGGUUGGGACCCGCCCUCUCUUCUUUUCCUGAUCUUCUUCCUCCCCACCCUUUGGGCGUUAAGCCUUACGCUUGGUUGGCCCAACUGGCGCCGCGCAUGCGUACUAAUAACACAGGGCCGAAAAUCAACAGCAAAAUUAUUUAGAAGUACAAGAUUCAGUAGUGUGUCUAGGAGCCAUAGCGAACUGGCUAGAGCAAUUAUAAUUUUGAUAGCGAAUUCUAUUGUGACGCAGUUGAAAUUGGUCGUCUUCGCUCCUACGCCCCUCCUGGCGCAUGCGCCUCUAGCCACAUCCCGGCGUUGCGCGUUCGUCGCAUUAGUCCCACCCAGCCUUCUUACGGACAUGCGCAGUUUCUUCUGGUCCCCUCUCCUCCCUUAGCCGUACACCAAGAUGGCAUCCUCUCUCCUAACACUGCUACUUAGGCGGCUCCCGUGCCUCACACCUAUCAAAGGUGUCCGCUGGGUGCAGGCUACUCCUCGGGCACUGUGCACCAAAGCUACCCCUGAGGAAGAAUCUUCCACCCCAGUCUCCCCUUAUCAGGAUGCUCCCUGGGAAUAUCUGGAGACAGAAGAAUACAUCUCUCGUUAUGGCUCCCGUCCAGUCUGGGCUGAUUAUCGACGCAACCACAAAGGUGGAAUCCCACCACAGCGAACCCGAAGGACAUGCAUUCGAGGGAAUAAAGUUUCUGGGAACCCUUGCCCUAUCUGCCGGGAUCAGAAGCUCCAUGUGGAUUUUAGAAAUGUGAAGCUCUUGGAGCAGUUUGUCUGUGCUCACACAGGUGUCAUCUUCCAUGCCCCAUAUACAGGUGUCUGUAUGAAGCAGCAUAAAAAGCUGACAGAGGCUAUCCUGAAGGCCAGAGACCAAGGUUUACUUAGCUACCACAUCCCACUGGUACAGCCACGGGAUACUGAUUUCAGCAACUCCCAUGGAGCUGUGGGCCUUACACCAAUGGCUCCUGCCCUAGCUGCAGGUACUGCCUGGUAUCCAUGGUACACGUGGCAGCAGCCACCUGAGAGAGAGCUGGCCCGUCUUCGACGUUUGUAUCAAGGCCACCUUAAGGAAGAGAGUGGCCCCCCACCAGAGAUGAUGCCCAUAGUCCCAUCUCAAACUGAUGUUCUCACUGAAGGAUAGGAAACCACUAAUAUCCAGUAGAAAGGAUUGAUUUACUUUGGGAUGCUCCAGUGCAUAAGAGAUGGAUGUGAAAAUGUCCUGAAGCCUGGACUAAACUGAUCCUUGUCCUUAUUCUCUUUAGAAAUGGCUAGGAUAUUGGUAAGUGCUAGCCUAGGGGAGAAGGUAAAUGAAGCUUGUCUGAGUAAGUGUUUUGAUCUACUUCUCUUUCUACUGUUCUUCCUCCCCACAUUUUUUAGGUUGCAGGGAUAGGGAGUUCCUAACCCUUCAUAAUAAAAAAUUCUUUUGAUA